GACACUCCGAAAACACCAAAGGGAAAAACCCUUUCAUACUCUCCAAAGGAUCAUCAAUUUCUUAUUAAUAUAUAUCAAUCAUCAUCUUCAAUCACACUCCUUUUCAUCAUGUCUCACUUUGCAGUGUCUCAGAUCGCUGUAACUGUUCCUGUUAGCAGUGAUUUGUCUAUUAGAAGAUCUGCUUUCAAGGUUUGAUAUUUCUCAUCACUUUGCAACACAUGGGAUUUAACUUAAACUUCCGGGAUAAAUCAUGGGCCCCGGUAUUUUCUUUGGACUUGAAAGCAAAGAACUCUGGUCGGAGAAAUCACAACGUGAUUUGCAUGUCAGUACAACAGGCAAGUGUGCCCAAAGUUGCUGUUUCCCCUUUAGAAUUGGAAAAUGCUACUGAGCCUCCAUUGAACUUGCACAAGCCUAAAGAACCCUAUACCGCAACAAUUGUUUCCGUGGAGAGAUUAGUUGGACCAAAGGCUCCUGGAGAGACUUGUCAUAUUGUGAUUGAUCAUGGUGGAAAUGUUCCCUACUGGGAGGGUCAAAGUUAUGGUGUUAUUCCACCGGGUGAAAAUCCAAAAAAACCUGGAGCUCCCCAUAAUGUUCGACUAUAUUCAAUUGCUUCCACGAGGUAUGGAGAUUUUUUUGAUGGCAAGACAGCCAGCUUGUGUGUCCGUCGUGCUGUUUAUUAUGAUCCCGAGACAGGAAAAGAAGAUCCUUCCAAGAAUGGUGUUUGUAGCAAUUUUUUGUGUAACUCAAAGCCCGGAGACAAAAUUCAGGUCACAGGCCCCUCAGGGAAGAUAAUGCUUUUGCCGGAAGACGACCCAAAUGCUACCCAUAUAAUGAUUGCUACCGGCACUGGUGUUGCUCCAUACAGAGGCUACCUUCGUCGAAUGUUUAUGGAAUCGGUCCCUAAAUUCAAGUUUGGUGGACUAGCAUGGCUCUUUCUCGGUGUUGCAAAUUCCGAUAGUCUUCUCUACGACGACGAGUUCACCAAAUACCUUAACGAUUAUCCGAACAACUUCCGAUACGACCGAGCCCUUAGCAGAGAGCAACAGAACAAGAAUGGAGGCAAAAUGUAUGUUCAGGAUAAGAUUGAGGAAUAUAGUGAUGAAAUCUUUAAACUCUUGGACAAUGGGGCCCACAUCUAUUUCUGUGGACUUAAAGGGAUGAUGCCUGGGAUCCAAGGAACACUGAAAAGGGUUGCUGAGGAGAGAGGAGAAAGUUGGGAAGAGAAGCUUUCACUACUCAAGAAGAACAAACAAUGGCAUGUUGAAGUUUACUGAUGUAUUAUUAAUUCUUCCUCUAGAAAUUAUUUUGAUUAAUAAAUUAUUAAGAAGCUUUGUAGCUGUAUCUUUUCUGUAUUAGUAGAUUGGUAUGAUAUAAUAUUCUCUUGAAUCCUUGAUGGAUACAAAUUGGAAAAAGUCGUUAGCAAUGCUAGAGACAUGUUUGGGGUGAUUUUUGUAAGGGAAGCAACAUGUUUUCUCAUGCUACAUCUUGAACUAUCAUGUUAUUCAAUAAGGCUUAUUGUCAUGUGGAAUUUCAGCAUGACCAGUGAUGACAAAAAUUAUGAAAUUGUGAGUGUUUGAGAACUUAAUGAUGAAAGAAUGUAUGAGCUCCUUCAAGAGCAAAGGAAUAUUGGGAAAUUGGUGAAGCCUACCAAUGGUUGGACUUCAAGAGUAUUA